GCGCUCCGCUCCUCGCCCCCUCCUCUUCCCACGCCGCCGCCGUACCCACGGGCAGGGGGCACGGCUGGUGGCUCAUCGCUCGGCCCGCUCCCCCUCCGUCGCAACCGGAACAUACCAGCACCGGCGCUGCGGUAUUAUUCAGCUCCGUCCGCCGGCCGGCGCGGACGGACGCCAGGCUUCCUUCCUGUCUGCAUAACAAAGCCGCCGCCAUUAUGAUCUCCACAUAUGAUGCUUAGCAUUUGUCGCUCGCAGCUGUAUUGCUCCUCUAGCUGCAUCCUUGUACUAGAGCAUGGCGAAGCUCGCAUCUAUUGCUCGCAGUAUGCUUAGAUUCCCAAACGGAAGCAUGAGGCUUGUUAUGGUAACGGUUAUUGGAGCAGUCCUUGGCUUUUUCAUUGGGAUUUCAUUCCCUUCGGUCAGCAUAACAAAGCUUCACUUUCCAGAUAGCUUUAUUUCGUACAUUGAAGACAAAGACGCUGGACUCACGACCCAAGCUAUACUCAAUCAUGCUUGGACUUCUGCCAGAAACGCAAGGGGAAAUGGUACCGAACCGACUUCAAACAGUACCUUAAAGAUUUAUGUCCCAACGAACCCCAAGGGUGCAGAGGGGCUAGCACCAGGUAUCGUUGUAUCAGAGUCUGACUUCCAUUUGCGCAGGUUAUGGGGAGACCCAAGUGAGGACCUGCCUUUCAAACCAAAGUACCUUGUUACCUUUACUGUUGGAGUUGAGCAGAAAGCAAAUAUAAACAGAGCUGUGAAGAAGUUUUCUGACAAUUUUGCUAUUCUGUUAUUCCACUAUGAUGGCCGGGUGAGUGAGUGGGAUGAAUUUGAGUGGUCCCAGCGAGCUAUCCAUAUUAGUGUCAGGAAACAAACUAAAUGGUGGUAUGCCAAGAGAUUCCUGCAUCCUGAUAUUGUGGCAGCUUAUGAGUACAUAUUCAUUUGGGAUGAGGACCUUGGGGUUGAACAUUUUAAUGCAGAGGAGUACAUCAAACUUGUUAAGAAGCAUAACUUGGACAUCUCUCAACCUGGAUUAGAGCCUGAUCGGGGGUUAACAUGGCAGAUGACCAAAAGAAGAGGUGACAGUGAGGUUCACAAGGACACAGAGGAGAGGCCUGGCUGGUGCUCUGACCCUCAUCUUCCACCGUGUGCUGCUUUUGUUGAAAUAAUGGCUCCAGUCUUCUCAAGAGAUGCAUGGAGAUGUGUGUGGCAUAUGAUUCAGAACGACUUGGUUCAUGGUUGGGGCUUGGAUUUUGCGCUCAGGAAAUGUGUGGAGCCUGCUCAUGAAAAGAUUGGAGUUGUCGAUUCGCAGUGGAUCGUUCACCAAGUGGUUCCUUCUCUGGGGAACCAGGGGCAGUCAGAAAACGGAAGGGCGCCAUGGGAAGGGGUGAGGGCGCGGUGCAGGAAGGAAUGGGGCAUGUUCCAGACCAGGAUGGCGGAGGCGGAGAAGGCGUAUUACAAGAUGAUGGGCAUCACCCCUCCAAACUCCACGCGUGUCUAGCCGCGCCUCUCUUCUUGGUUUUCCAUCCCCGCCACCCUGACCUUUGUGGUGGCGGGUGAGCUGAUGAUACUAUACUAUAGCACUACUUGAUUAUAGGGAGUUAGAGAUGGUGGGUGUAGCUGCUUUUGAUGGAGAGGUCCUUCUGUAAGUAAAUGCGAGGCGAAACUGUGAUGAGAAAACAUGUACACGAGGAUGAUUACCUGAUGAUGAUGAUGAUGAUCUAUCUAUUAU